AUGUUUAAGCGAUCAUUUAACUCAAAGGGCUUCAUAUCGAAGGGCCGAGCCGGCAAAGCCGGCAAAGCAUCGAAGAAGAAGUUCGAUGAACAGGUGAAGGAUAAGAUGCAGAAAGAUAUGGAGAAGGAGGACAAGGAGGAUAAUAAGUCCUUCAUAGGAAGUUCACUGACCAGCCCUAUCAUUACGAUUACGGUUGGAGAGGAGCAGCGCCUUUUCGCAGCCCAUGAGGAUAUCCUAUCCAUGUCUCCAUGGUUUUGUACCGCCAUGAAUGAUAUUAUCCCGGAAGAUGGUGCGAAGCAGCUGGCUUUGCCUGAUGAAGAGCCGGAGGUUUUGUCGUGUAUUCUCGAGUUUCUGUACAAGGGAGACUACUACCCGCGCCUUCUGGCUGGCAAACGUAGCAACUCAUGGCACCUCGAGAAUACGAAGGAUGUCCAGACCAAUGAUAGUACCAGUGGAACAUCGAGUGAGGCGACCAUCUUCCACUCAGCAGUGGGAGAGCUCAUCCUCCGAGAUACAGUGAUAUACUGCGCAGCCGAGAAGUAUGGCCUGGAAGAGUUGAAGCGUAUUGCAUUUCGCAAGCAAGGGCUUCAGUUUGGGAUUCCGGCCGACUUGAUCCUCCGAUCUGCUCGGUAUGCGUAUGACAAUACCCCUGACUCGGACUCUCAUCUCCGUGCACACUACCUGGCUCUGAUAAUCCGAAACCGCAAGACCUUUAAGAGAAGUGGAACCAUGCAGAUGGAAGUGGAGAAUGGAGGCCAGUUAUUCUUUGAUCUGUUUGUGGCCAUGUGCAACCACAUGGAUGAUCUUGCGGAAAUCCGGUAG